UGGUUUAAUCAUCUUCUUUCUGCCCCAAUUUUUCCACUCUCCACUCAUUCUUUCCCCUUCAAAUUGUAAAAAUCUCUUCCUCCUGUCUAGAUUAUCUUCACAGUCUCCUAGUACCACUCGAAUUUCUCUCGAAUUGCUUUUCCCCACGAUUUCGCGGACUCUCUUGCCACUCCGCCUUCUCCGCGGGGUUCGCCGACCUCCCCACCAUGAGCGCAAUUCUUUCUGCAGAUGACCUGAAUGACUUCAUUUCACCUGGCGUCGCGUGUAUUAAACCCGUAGAGACACUCCCGAAGGAAGAGUUAAAAGAACCUAAUAACGCCUACGAAGUGACGACCGAAGACAAAGUCCCUCCUCCACCAGAUGCACCGCCCGCGCAAAUUUCCCUGACCGAUUGUUUGGCCUGUUCCGGUUGUGUCACGUCUGCUGAGGCUGUUCUCGUUUCUCUGCAAUCGCAUUCUGAAGUCCUAAACGCGCUAGACUCGACUCCAUCAAUCGACCCUCAGCUCCUCGCUGCUGCUGCGCGAGGUGAGCAACAGAAUGGCCUGGGUGAAGGCCGGAUAUUCAUUGUCAGCAUCAGCCCACAAACACGGGCCAGUUUAGCCGCUGCAUAUGGCAUUUCCGAGCAGCAGGCAGGCUACAUGCUCGAGCAGCUGUUCAGCGGACCGCAGGGGAUUCGAUCAGGAGGAGCAUACAAGAAUGGAUUCACAUGGGUGAUAGAUACAAACGUAGCGCGGGAAGCAUGUCUUGUCCUUGGCGCAGACGAGGUCAAGGAGAGUCUGGCACAAAGCUCAAGCAACGAACAGGCGCAAGGCGAUAAUCCAACUCAUCCCAAACGUCCAAUUCUCACCUCUGCUUGUCCGGGCUGGAUAUGCUACGCCGAGAAAACGCAUCCGCAUAUUCUACCGCACCUAUCACGUCUCAAGUCUCCGCAGGCAUUACUCGGAACUCUGCUCAAAACAUCUCUCAGCAAACGGCUCAACAUUUCGCCAGACCGCAUCUGGCACUUGGCCGUGAUGCCGUGUUUUGACAAGAAACUCGAAGCUAGCCGCGAAGAGCUUACCGAUUUAGCGUGGCAAACCGAUAGUCAGUCGCAAACGAAACAAGGCAUACGCGAUGUCGACUGCGUCAUCACCACCAAGGAGAUUCUCAUGCUCGCUGAAUCACGGGGAAUCGCACUCCACGACGUUCCUCGGACCCCUCUUGACCCGUCCACCCGCGUACCUUUUCCCGACCCUACUCUCGAUUCCUUCUUAUUCCCCUCUCUCGAUCAUCCCAGACACCGUAAUGCCCAAUCCGCCAGCGGCCCAUCCGGCGGAUACCUCUAUCACAUUCUGUGCACAUACCAGGCCCAAAGCCCAGGAAGUUCCAUUGAAAUUGUACGAGGCCGCAACUCGGAUGUUGUCGACUAUACGUUAAAAGAUGCCAACGGCGGCGUUAUUCUCAAGACAGCACGCUACUACGGAUUCCGCAACAUUCAGAACCUCGUACGGCGGUUAAAACCUGCGCGGGCAUCUCGCAUGCCUGGCGCUGCAGCACGCCGUCUUGGCGGGGCUAGUCGGAAGCCGGGAAUGCCUGCAGCCGCCUCCUCCGCCUCUUCUGCAGGGCUCGGCACAGACUACGCAUACGUCGAAGUCAUGGCUUGUCCGGGCGGAUGCACCAACGGCGGCGCACAGCUGAAGCCAAUUGACCUUGUCGCAUCGUCUGCACCAGCGGCUCCGGCUACAAGUAAUGGUGGCGCCAAUGCUGAUCUUGGUCUCGAUUCUGCGCCAACAUCGGGAACCGCCACGCCCAUUGCAAGCUCUGGAACCUCAACGCCGCAGCAGCAAAGAGAAUGGCUUGCACGAGUAGACGAGGCAUAUUUCUCCGCUUCGGAUGAUGAAGGAGAAGGAGAAACCGUGGGCACAAAGUCCAAUGGCACAGCUGCAAAAAUCGCGGCAGACAAUGUCAAUGGAAUCAGCCCAGCAUAUAUCCACUCCAUGCUGACGCACUGGUCAAACACCACGAGUGUCCCACUCGACCGCCUCGCUUAUACGACUUAUCGCAAGGUCGAAAGCGAUGUAGGCAAGGACCGUGACAAGGGGCGCGAAACGGAGCGAGUGGUUGAGUUGGCAGGGAAGAUUGGCGGCGGGUGGUAGGUUGGAUUUAGUUACGUCGUGUGCAUACCCAAUCUUCUUCUUUAGGCUUUUUUUUUUUUUUUCCUUUUCUUUUCCCUUGCCCCUCUCUUAUUUCAAAAGAGAUUUCAUGUAUACGUUACAGCAUAUGCGACACAUGUGACACAUCGUGCGAAGAGGCGGAGCAUUUGCUGGCAGAGAAGCGUAUAUACCUACCUGCAUCUUUCUUUAUAUCCCUAGCUACUUCCCUUACCACUUUGUUUUUCUCUCUUUGUAAAAGUUACGGUUAGACACAGUUCAAGGUUUUAUACCACAGGUCCAUAGCAUAGCAAGUUUAUUGUUUAAAUGUAGGUGAUUUUUUACUCAUGUCGCCUAAGAAAAUUUAGAAUUAUAUCAAUAUAUCUCAGUGCCCCGCUGG